GAGGUGGCCGGAAUGGUCAGUCGACAACAUGUUGGUGUCAGUGUUCAGUGUUGUGACGCUGGCAACGACGGCGCUGGUGACGGCGGCGCCGCAGGGAGGAUACUUCAACUUCCCGCCAUUAUCGCCAUCCUACGUCAGCUUCCUCGAAGGGCAAGAAAGCAAAAUUCAGAAACAGCUGUUGCCAGCCCCAACCGGACUAGCGUCGUCAGUGAGAGGAGAGGACCAGGACGACCACCACCACGACCACCACCACGACCACCACGUAGGCCUCCAGUGGCUUAGAGACUCAGUUCCUGGCGAACCUGGAGUAGACUACCCAAUCCUGUGGAAGGUCCCCAGUACCGUCUUCUCCUGCCAGGGCCGACAGCCAGGAUAUUAUGCGGAUGUAGACACAAGGUGCCAAGUAUUCCACAUCUGUAAUGAGGCGGAAACCAAGUCAUUCCUUUGCCCCAAUGGAACCAUCUUCAAUCAAGAGCAUUUUACCUGCGAGUGGUGGCACUCCGUCCAGUGCGAGACCUCGGAAAACUUCUACAUCCUCAACAGGAACAUCGGCGUGGUAGGCGAAGACUCCCAGGAGAGAGUUUCAGUGAAAGGAGAUGACUUUGGCCGGCGAGUGGAGACUCAGACACCUCAGGAUAUUAUUCAACAAGUGCAGCAGAGUCAACAAGUGGCCCAGGAAGUGCCACUUUUCCCACAGGUUCCUCAGCCGAUCACCGUCGGGGACACUCAGAAGUUGAUUGAUUUUGAGUUCAAAAGACCACUUGAUGUAGAGGAUACCAGCGAAGUUCAGCUGCAAGAUACAGACGCUUUUGGUCAAGAACCUCAGCUUGUAGAAGCUGGCGGCAUCCAACAAGACUUUAGCCUUGUUCCCGAGGUGGUUCAAGAAGUUCAACAGGACCAUGAUGUUGCUCCAGAAGUGAGUGAAGUGGUUCAACCCGACGUGGACCUUGUUCCAGAGGUGACUGGAGAGGUUCAGCAAGUUCCAGAGGUGACUGGAGAGGUUCAGCAAGUUCCAGAGGUGACUGGAGAGGUUCAGCAAUUUCCAGAGGUGACUGGAGAGGUUCAGCAAGUUCCAGAGGUGACUAGAGAGGUUCAGCAAGUUCCAGAGGUGACUGGAGAGGUUCAGCAAGUUCCAGAGGUGACUGGAGAGGUUCAGCAAGUUCCAGAGGUGACUGGAGAGGUUCAGCAAGUUCCAGAGGUGACUGGAGAGGUUCAGCAAGUUCCAGAGGUGACUGGAGAGGUUCAGCAAGUUCCAGAGGUGACUGGAGAGGUUCAGCAAGUUCCAGAGGUGACUGGAGAAGUUCAGCAAUUUCCAGAGGUGACUAGAGAGGUUCAGCAAGUUCCAGAGGUGACUGGAGAGGUUCAGCAAGUUCCAGAGGUGACUGGAGAGGUUCAGCAAGUUCCAGAGGUGACUGGAGAGGUUCAGCAAGUUCCAGAGGUGACUGGAGAGGUUCAGCAAGUUCCAGAGGUGACUGGAGAGGUUCAGCAAGUUCCAGAGGUGACUGGAGAGGUUCAGCAAGUUCCAGAGGUGACUAGAGAGGUUCAGCAAGUUCCAGAGGUGACUGGAGAGGUUCAGCAAGUUCCAGAGGUGACUGGAGAGGUUCAGCAAGUUCCAGAGGUGACUGGAGAGGUUCAGCAAGUUCCAGAGGUGACUGGAGAGGUUCAGCAAGUUCCAGAGGUGACUGGAGAGGUUCAGCAAGUUCCAGAGGUGACUGGAGAGGUUCAGCAAGUUCCAGAGGUGACUGGAGAGGUUCAGCAAGUUCCAGAGGUGACUGGAGAGGUUCAGCAAGUUCCAGAGGUGACUGGAGAGGUUCAGCAAGUUCCAGAGGUGACUGGAGAGGUUCAGCAAGUUCCAGAGGUGACUGGAGAGGUUCAGCAAGUUCCAGAGGUGACUGGAGUUCGACAAGAUCAUGUCUUUACCCCAGAAGUGACUGAAGUUCGACAAGAUCAUGUCUUUACUCCUGAAGUUCGACAAGAUCAUGUCUUUACCCCAGAAGUGACUGAAGUUCGACAAGAUGUCCUUACUCCUGAAGUGCCUGAAGUUCAACAAGAUCAUGUCUUUACCCCAGAAGUGCCUGAAGUUCAACAAGAUCAUGUCUUUACUCCUGAAGUGCCUGAAGUUCAACAAGAUCAUGUCUUUACUCCUGAAGUGCCUGAAGUUCAACAAGAUCAUGUCUUUACCCCAGAAGUGCCUGAAGUUCAACAAGAUCAUGUCUUGACCCCAGAAGUGCCUGAAGUUCAACAAGAUCAUGUCUUUACCCCAGAAGUGACUGAAGUUCGACAAGAUGUCCUUACUCCUGAAGUGCCUGAAGUUCAACAAGAUCAUGUCUUUACCCCAGAAGUGCCUGAAGUUCAACAAGAUCAUGUCUUUACCCCAGAAGUGCCUGAAGUUCAACAAGAUCAUGUCUUGACCCCAGAAGUGCCUGAAGUUCAACAAGAUCAUGUCUUUACCCCAGAAGUGCCUGAAGUUCAACAAGAUCAUGUCUUUACUCCUGAAGUGCCUGAAGUUCAACAAGAUCAUGUCUUUACCCCAGAAGUGACUGAAGUUCGACAAGAUGUCCUUACUCCUGAAGUGCCUGAAGUUCAACAAGAUCAUGUCUUUACCCCAGAAGUGCCUGAAGUUCAACAAGAUCAUGUCUUUACCCCAGAAGUGACUGAAGUUCGACAAGAUGUCCUUACUCCUGAAGUUCAACAAGAUCAUGUCUUUACCCCAGAAGUGCCUGAAGUUCAACAAGAUCAUGUCUUUACCCCAGAAGUGCCUGAAGUUCAACAAGAUCAUGUCUUUACCCCAGAAGUGACUGAAGUUCGACAAGAUGUCUUUACUCCUGAAGUGACUGAAGUUCGACAAGAUCAUGUCUUUACCCCAGAAGUGCCUGAAGUUCAACAAGAUCAUGUCUUUACUCCUGAAGUGCCUGAAGUUCAACAAGAUCAUGUCUUUACCCCAGAAGUGCCUGAAGUUCAACAAGAUGUCCUUACUCCUGAAGUGCCUGAAGUUCAACAAGAUCAUGUCUUUACCCCAGAAGUGCCUGAAGUUCAACAAGAUCAUGUCUUUACCCCAGAAGUGACUGAAGUUCGACAAGAUGUCCUUACUCCUGAAGUGCCUGAAGUUCAACAAGAUCAUGUCUUUACCCCAGAAGUGCCUGAAGUUCGACAAGAUGUCCUUACUCCUGAAGUUCAACAAGAUCAUGUCUUUACCCCAGAAGUGCCUGAAGUUCAACAAGGCUACGAUAUUGUUCCAGAAAUUGUUCAGCAAGCGCAAGAAGACCUUGUCCCGGUUCCUAGUGUGACUGAAGUUGUCCAGGAAGAUCAGCAAGACCAAGAACUUGUUUCCGAACUACCUGAAGUUAGUCAACAAGACAAUGACCUCAUUCCAGGGGUGAAGGAAGUUGAACAAGCUCAACAAGACUCAGACAUUGUUCCUGGAGUGACUGGAGAAGUAUCUCCAGGCCAACUGGAGACUGAUAUACCAUUUGGAGGAACUGUUCUUGAUCAGGACACUAGACAAGACUUUGCUGGUGUUUCUGAGGUGUCUGACACACUCACUACCCUCCAGAUUCAGGAAGCUGCAACUACUGUACCCACAGAGGAGGUACAGCAAGAGUUCACUUCUGUACCUGAUGAACUGUUCCCUCAAACUGAAGACUUCAUCUCUUCACAAGAUACCCAGCCAGCCAUCACAUUACCCGAGCCGGAGCAGGAGACGCACGUUGUAUCUCAGGUGAUCGACGAGUCUGAUUCCAGUGUAGCCUUGCCUAUCCUUGAGGGCUCUGUUAAAUGUGAAGAACAUGCUGUCGUCUGCCCAACACGAGACAAUGAAAUCCCUCAACUGUACGGUGUUCCUGAGAAAGGUUUUGCAGGUCCUCUUUUAGAGGUUGAUGUCCGUCAAGGAUUUCCGUCAGGUGUCGAGCCCGUGCUAGGGGAAGAGUUCAUUGCUCCAGGUGUCUCUCAGUUGAGCUCUGGUGAUGCAAUUUCUGGAGAUGAUUCUCACCAACAGCAGGAACAUUUGCCUGUGCCCAGUGAUCACACUCAAGAACAGGUUAGCAGUGAUAUUGAAAGUGGAUCCUUGUCGGGAAUACUCUCAACACCUGUGCUUAUUGUACCUCUGGUCAUUGAGACAGAACAAAAUGGAGCUACACCUCUACAGUUCCCUGAAGUGGAUGAGCAUAGUCCAGCCUUACUAUCUGGAGAGGUGCAUGGAAUCUCUCAGGUUGGUGGCGAGGGAGAAGCUUCCCUCCCAGUAGAAGGUGGACUGGAACAUGCAGCAGGCCUAGAAGCUGGAGAUAGUAGUGUGAGGGACGGAGUUACACCACUCGGUCCUCUCCUUUCUGCAUUUCCCGCCACACUUGUUGCCGGGGUCAUUGAUCAAGCAGUUAGAGAGAGCCCAGAUGGACAACACGUUGACUCUGUACCAUUUGAUGGUAUUAGCCAGGAACAAGAGGUCCAGCAAGCUGUCUUCAUUCAGGAAAAUUUAAUUGAUCAAGAAGUGCUACAGAAGGAAGAUGAGAAGGUCAGUUUGCCCGAUCAAGAGGUUCAGGGGCAAGAGGAAUUAAAAACUUUUGAUUUGACUGAAGAAACUCCGACUCUCCUCAGUUCUUUGGAUUUGUCCUCUGGUGUCGACAUAGCAGUGCAAGGUGACGAGUUAACGGAUCAAGGUUUUCCUCAUGAACGUCCUCUAGUACACAAGACAGAAGAGACUGCUUUUGAUGCUACAGAUAGCACAAGGGUGGCUGAGGAAGUAGAGGAACCAGUUACUGAUAUUUCACAUCCAGCAGAAGCUGAAGAAUCUUUCACUUUUGGUGAACCUCAAGAGCAUAUAUCUAAAACGGAAAUUCCAAAUCUUUUCACCGAGUCUCAUGCUGAUGUCGACUUCGGAGACGGUGUAUCACUAUUCUUUGCGGUAGGGACAGAAGAACCCGUGACACUCGGUGAAACUGAACGGCCCGAGUUGCCACUGACUUCAGAUGAUCAACAUCCACUCACAUCCAAUGUAACCUCAACUACACAAGUUGAUGGAGAUGUACUAGAGCAUCGUGUUAUAUCGCAAGAGGACCAACCCAGGGAGCAACAAACUGACGCUAUCUUAGAACACCAAGAUGCUGCCAUUCUUGCCCAAUCUCAUGACACACUCAGUUUCCCCAAAACUCAAGAAGAGGAACUUACCACUUUCAUCGCUGUCGAGCAGCAAGAGACUACUACACUACCCUCAGACAGCCAAGAUGAUGCUGGCACGUUCUCCUCGGUCAGCCAAGAUGAUGCUGGUACGCUCUCCACGGUCAGCCAAGAUGAUGCUGGUACGCUCUCCACGGUCAGCCAAGAUGAUGCUGGUACGCUCUCCACAGUCAGCCAAGAUGAUGAUGGUACGCUCUCCUUGGUCAGCCAAGAUGAUGCUGGUACAUUAACCUCACUUAAACAAGAAGGUAGCAUCACACUUACCCCUGUCAGUCAUGAUGAGAGUACCACAUUGCCCUCAGUCAGUCAAGAAGAGAGCAUUGCAUUUAUUCCAGCCACUCUGGACGACAGAGCCUCAUUCACCCCUGAAGAGCCUGCCACAGACGAGACCAUUGACCAAGAAGCCCCAGCUUUCCCCACAAUCAGCCCAGGCACAGACAAGACCGUUGACCAAGAAGCCCCAGCUUUCCCCACAAUCAGCCCAGCCACAUACGAGACCGUUGAUCAAGAAGCCCCAACUUUCCCCACAAUCAGCCCAGCCACAGACAAGACCGUUGACCAAGAAGCCCCAGCUUUCCCCACAAUCAGCCCAGCCACAUACGAGACCGUUGAUCAAGAAGCCCCAACUUUCCCCACAAUCAGCCCAGCCACAGACAAGACCGUUGACCAAGAAGCCCCAGCUUUCCCCACAAUCAGCCCAGCCACAUACGAGACCGUUGACCAAGAAGCCCCAGCUUUCCCCACAAUCAGCCCAGCCACAGACACGCCCUUCUCGGUCUUCGUGCAAGAGAGCAUCUCCUCAGAGCUCUCCUCUGGAAUACUAUCUUCACUCUUACCCCCAGAGACACCACAAGGCCAGGGCGAGUUCCAGGGAGCAGUGCAGGAGCAGGAAGACUCCCGACCAUUCCAUCCAGUACCGGAAAAGGAAGACCGCCCUCUAGUGAGGUUCUCGCCUACGUUCAUCAGUAGUUACCUGCCGCCUCACCCGUAACUCACACCUCACUUGACGAAUAGAAUUCUAGUUUUAUAUCCGUUUUUCACAUGUAUUUAUAAAUGUCCGUGUGUGUAUGAAAUUAGCAUUGCUCAAUAUGUGUAGUGGUACAUAAGGUUAUUUCCGUUCGAGAGACCCAUGGAAGGAGGAGUCAAACCUGGUGGGCUCAUUUCCUUGUUGGGCGGGGAAAAUAGUAGGCGCUGUAUUUUAGCGGUCUUCUGUGUGACUCAAUUUUUGUAUUUGAGUAACCAAAGAAAAAUGAAUGAUACUCUGGCUUAAAAAUACAAAAAAACUUCCUCUUU